GGUGGGAGGUUCUAGAUGCCUGUUGGAGAAAUAUAUAAACUGGAGGGACCAGAAGACCAAACAGAUCACUCUUCUGAGAGCACAGACAAGACCUCAAGACAACACCGACCAGACAAACAAACGAGAGAAAUGUCUUCCGUCGAGAGCCUCUUCAUGGAUGACCCUUUCUUUGACAACUCCCACUUUUUGUGGCCCAGGCGCAGUGUGGCUCUUUCCAGCUUCAGAGAGGAUUUUGUCCACCGCAGAGCCCAAAUAAUGCAGAACCUGAAGAACGAGAUCAGAGGCAGCUUGCAGAACGAUCUCACUGACGAGUUCUUCCAGUGUCUCGAAGGCCAGAGGUCCUUCUCCAGGCUCUUCAGCACCAACACAGAGCAGAACAAACGGCGAGACGUGUCUCUUACUCUGGACACUCAAGGCUUCUCUCCGGAGGACGUCACUGUGACAGUAUCUGGGAGACAUCUGAAGGUGAUGGCUGGCAAGCAGGCCCAGACAGACGCUUCUUCAUCAUCUACCGGCAACGCUCAAGUCGCAGAAGCCCAGCCUCAAGAAUUCGUCCAAGCUGUGCGGCUUCCUGACCACCUGGAUCCAACCUCCUUGACCUGCUCACUUGGAGAAGAUGGACUUCUGCAUAUUGAGUCACCAGAAUCCAAAGAUGAGUCCUCAGAGGAACAGAUCAUUCCUAUCCGCUUCAGAACAUCCCUGGAUUUCCCCAUUAACAAGGACAGCGCAAAUAAAAAGGAGGAUGAGGCUAAAAACUAAACUGAAAAACUAGAACUAAAAAACUCACUGAUGGCCUGUUAUGCAUUGUGCAAUUGUUUUUUUUAUCAAUCCAGUCUAUGUGCUUCCUGUGGCUGUAAAUUAUUUGUUUUAAAAAGGUUUAUUAAAGAUAUUAGGUAUAUGA